GAGAGAGAGAGAGCGCUACACAUACACACAGAGUAGAAGUACAGAAAGAGAGUGAGAGACGGAGCUUAGAGGGUGAGAUGGAGCCGCGGUCAGAGAAACGCGAUCCGGUCUCCCCGAAGCGGCUCUGUUGAACCCCGGGACGGGAGAACCGAACCGGGGAGCCGCGGAAUGGCUGAUCCUCUGCGGCGGACUCUGCUUGCCAAACUCCGGGGGAAGAAAGGCAAGAAAGGCUCGGUGCCGGCCGACUGGAGCAACGAAGAAGGUAAAGAGAAAGUUUUGCGUGCACGAGACGCGCACAGUCAGCGAGCGGCCGCCGCCAUCGCGGAGCUGGAUUACGUGCCGAACGCGAUGAGAGGUAAGCAGGGCUGUGUGUACGGGGGGUUAGAGCGCACGAGAAACGAGCCGCGUGUGCACGUACACGCCGGUCGGGGGGGUGAUCAGAGCGACGGAUACGGGGGGCAAGACGCACACAAGCUCUCGGGGGUCUCCGGUAAUAAGCACGAGUUGCUCUUUACGAACGACGUGGGCAAGCAGCCGGUCGCAGUUCCGCGGAGACACACCGAGGGAGACUCGAUAGGGUUCGGAAACUGCAGCGAGGUUCCCUUUAUUCCUCUGAUGGAAACCGUAAAAAAUGCGCACUGUCGAGAACCUGCUAUCAAACCAAACAUGACCAAAGAAAAGCAUGUGGCGGUGGAACGAUGCCUGAACACUGGCAGAGCAGAACCUGGCGGAACCCAGAUGGACCGUUCGGAGCCACCUAAUCUUUUCCAGUUUCUCCAUUCCGGACAUGUCAACGAACACGACUUGAUCCGGACUAUUGAAAGUUCUUUAGAGCUUUGUGAAGAUUUUAGCAUGCCUCCUUUGCAGAGUCCGACUUUUUUCCCCACAGAGCUGGAGAUAGUAGAUGCUGACUUGGCUCCACGCCUGCUGUGUGCGAGAGAGGGAAUGAAUUGCCACAAUUCCACAGACAGCGAGGACGAUGACUAUUACGAUAAUGAAAUCCUGCCAUUUUACGAGUCCAGCUCCAGGAGCAAUGAGUCCAAUGACAGCGAAGGUCCACCGAGAACUUCUUUGCACCCUCUAAAGUCUGAUUCAGAUCAGAUUGUUGACUCCAGCGCUCAGGAAACAGACAGACUCAGGAGUCAACUCAAAGAAGCGUACUACCUCCUGAUCAACGCCAUGGAUGGCAUUGCGUUUGAUGGGCAGGUGCAGACAAAUGGCUAUGUGGAGCAAAGCAGCAUCUCAAGCCAGUCUCCUGAUAGCCUUAGCAUGAGUUCUGAUUCUUCCACUCGGCUCUCCAGGUCUUCUGGAGAACAUGGUGGCCACCACUGGAGUCUUCCAAGUCCUGGAGAAAGCAGUGCUGCUAACUGUGCGAGUUCUCAGAGGAGCAAAAGUUUGCAGAAUCUUCUCUUAGCUCAAGAGAGACCUAUUCUACAGCGGUCCAUGAGUGAUGAUAGCGUACGGUAUCCUGUGAAGGAAAAAGAAGGUGAGCUGUGCACCGAAAAUGGGAGCUUGGCUAAAAAUGUGCCUGAUGAUACACCUCUACUGGCAAACCUGGAAUUGGAGACAGCAGCUACUGAACCCAUGGUUUCAGAGCAUGCAGAUCAGGAGAACAGUAGUUCCAUUAAUCACCAAGAUACUUCUGAUGGAGUUCCCCCCAGAACAUCUGACCCACUGUGCCCUCAGCAGAUGAAUCUUAGCAGGCAUGUUGGAGCGAGUGCAGGAAAGCCUCCUGGGGUCACCGUUAACAAGAUGCAGGAGUGGAUGCACAAGGGCCGCUUGCUUUCAUCAGAGAUGAGACAGAGAAUCGCUGGAUCCUCCUCACAUGGAGUGGCUCAGGAGCACCAUGGACACGAGGGCCAAGCCUGGACCAAACCCUUCAACCAGGUCAACAGCAUAAAUGGGGAAAAAACAGGACUCGUGAACCCUUCAAGCGGACAUCAUCCAGUACCUGUGAUGGACACCCGAGACUCCUGCACUCGUCCAGUUCCCCUGAACUCCAUCACUGUCUCCAAGAAGCGUAACUGGCUGAAUCAGAGCUCCACAAGGCCCUCGCCAAUUUCUGACGAGGACGAUCACACACACCCUCCACAAGUACGCACUCACCCACAACCACAAACUUGCACUGGACCGCACACUCACACACCCCAAGUCCCUGCCUCCGACCCUGCCGAGGAGAACGACGCUGACGACGAGGGUGAGAUCUGGUACAACCCUAUUCCUGAGGACGAGGAGGUCGAGCUCCGUCAUAGUGAGCGUGGGGUGAGAGUGCCGAGGCGGGCGAGUGGUGAGGAAGUGGGCAGGACCUCCUCUACUUCCAGGGAUUCUGGGAACUUGAAUGCCAGUCAUUCCAGUGAGCAGAAACAUGUGUACAGACAGAUGUGCAGAUUCCAGGAGGAGAAACCCACAAUACGCCAUACAGCAACAGAAUUGCCCGAGCAAAGUGUUCUGGGCUUCUCUCCCCCCUCCAGUCCGAACCCGGCUAAGAAGAGCUGCUCGAUCAACUGGUCAUUCCCAGAGCGCAUCAAAUCUCCGCGUACAGUUCGCAAACUUUCAAUAAAGAUGAAGAAGCUUCCGGAGCUCAGCAGGAAGCUCAGUGUUAAAGGGAACCCAACUAAUGGACAGGCAGAAAGCAGGAGCCACCUGCUGAGGGCCACCGGUCCAGCUGAUCUGGGCACAGGGGGCGUGUCUACAGCAUCCACGAGUGGCAACGUGAUCUGGCGUUAUCACCUGGACAGCAGCGUGUGCACACAGCAACAGAAGAAGAGCAGUGGAUUAGGAGCUCCUAAAUCGGCCAUUAAGGGCGGCUACUUGAGCGACGGGGACUCACCGGAACUAGUUGCAAAAUCGGCUAAGCAUGGCUCGUGUUCUAAAUCUCACGCGAAAACGCAGGAAAAGGAUUCAUUUUCGAAUUCUGGCGUCUCCAGACUGGCUGAUGCAGCUUCUUUCCGUCCGUACAGUUUACCAGAACAGGCAAAGUGUGUGUCGUCACCACCCGUCUCGGGCCUGCUGAGCGUGCACUUGUGCGGCGCUGAGGGUCUAAAGGCACCACGAAGCGACGAAUCGCGCCACGUCUACUGCGCUAUUCAAGUCGACGAGGCAAAGCGGGCACGCACGGCCCUGCUCCCCUGCCGCACGGACUUCCUUGCCAUGGACCACACCUUCCAGCUGGAGCUGGAGGAAGCUCAGCGGCUCCGACUCGUCCUCUUUGGUUGCGAGGCGACAACGGCACCGACGAGGCAGCGAGUGUGUUGCCAUGGAGCAGUAGCACUGGCGCCGCUCUUCAGGACGCAGAACGCUGCCCGCUCACACCGGCUCGCCGUGCGCCUCGAGCCACGCGGCAUCAUCUACGUCAAACUGGGACUGACGGAAAGGCGGCAGAGUUUGACAGAAGGGAACGAGGUGGAGAAGGAACGAGAGAGGCAGGUUUUCGGAGUGGACGCAGCACGGGUGGUGGAGCGUGAGGCCACUGGGCUCAUGGUGCCGCUCAUCAUCGAGAAGUGCAUUGGCGAGAUUGAGAGGAGGGGAUGCCAGGUCGUGGGAUUGUAUCGGUUGUGUGGCUCGGCUGCGGUCAAGAAGGAGCUGAGGGAGGCGUUUGAGAGGGACAGUCACGCUGUAGAGUUGUCUGAGAGCAACUACCCCGACAUCAACGUCAUCACAGGUGUUCUUAAAGACUAUCUGCGGGAGCUGCCUCAUCCUCUCAUCUCGAAGCCGCUGUAUGAGGCGGUGCUGGACUCCAUGUCUAAGCGUCCUCUGUUGAUGGGAAGCGGCAGUUGUGAGAACGACUCGGCUGACUCGGAUCACGCCACUGGUUUGCUGGAGGCGCUUCCGGAGAUUGAGAAGGUGACUCUGCGGAAACUUCUGGAUCACCUGAAGCGUGUGGCGUCUCAUCACGAGGUGAACAAGAUGACUUGUCAGAACCUGGCUGUGUGUUUCGGACCCGUGCUGCUCAGUCAGAGACAAGAUGCUUCGGGUCUCGCUAACCGAGUGUUCAUGGACUCGGAGGAGCUGGCAAGUGCGCUGCACUUUAAAAAGCACAUCGAGGUUCUGCACUAUCUGUUGCAGCUGUGGCCAGUUGCAGAUGUCCAGAGCAAACCCUCGUCUCCUGCCCUGGACGCCCCCCCCCCAGUGAGGAGAAGAAAAGAGCGCCCUCAGGUGUUAAAUCUGAGCGACGCUGAGCUAGCGGGAGUUCUCCGUCCCCGUCCUGGGCGCCUGGACAGCCCAAGCAACCGCUACGCUGGAGACUGGAGCGACUGCAAGGAGACGUACCUGCAUCAGAUGUGUCCCGAGGAGGAAGAGGAAGCCGACUACGCUGACGUGCCGUGCGAAGACGAGAAGGACGAGGGCAAAGAUCGAGGGGAAGAGGAUGAUGAAACGCUAGAGAGCGGAAAAAACAAUGUACAAAUAGAAGUGGAGAAGGAGAAGGAGCAAAAGGGCGACAUUCAGGAGAACAUUGGAAAAGGACAGGAAAUCGAGGAUACACCCCUGCUAACAUCGUAUGAUCAGAUACUAGUGGAGCAAGAAGAGCACCACGUUAAGGAGCACACCUAUCAGGCGUUCAUGAAGAUCCAGGAGAUCAGCCCUGUCCUGAGCAACAGGGUGAACCUGCGAGAUCUUCAGGAGAGCAUCGACACACUCAUCGGCAACCUGGAGCGAGAGCUGAACAAGAACAAGCUGAACGUCGGCUACUAACACGCUAAAUUGAUUCUGUCUCAAACCUCGCACUUCUAUAAACACAGACUACAGACUGCUGACAUUCCUGAGGGUUAAACAUCUGACUCUUGAGGCUCGGAGGUUUCUUCUUGGGUUCUUCAUCCUCCGGUUCGGUUUGUUAAAUUUGUUUAUCGUCGCCGCUGUUGUUCUUUUCUUCUUAUUAGAAGAAUCUGGUGAGCCCCGAGGGGUGAGUCAGAUGCCUUAAUUGUGUAAAGGUGGUGCUCACGGCUGUGGAGAACUUUUUUAUUUUUAAAUAUUUUUAUUAUUUUUACGGAGGUACAGAGAAAUAAUAGAAACCAAUGCACUUACAAAGCCAGCUUUUAGAGGCAGAGCCGGGGAUUCAGGUCAUCAGUACAGAGAUAGAGUUAGAGCAGCAGAUCCUGACGCUAAACCAGAAACAGCCCAAAAAAAUAAAACAAACCACUGCAUAAAACCCCAAAAGCUACCUACUUCCCAGAAUUCCAUGACACACCCAGGAAUUCCUGAAAUGUUUCCCUCAGAAGGAUUGCUGCUGCUACUCCAUAGGAGCUCUAUAAUCCAUAAACACUUCACUCCACAGAAAUCCAGAAACACUUGAGAUUCAGUUUCUUCACCAGGGUACGAAGCUUAAUUACGCUAAUCUCUGACCUGCUAACUGCUAAUUUAAAACCUCUUACCUUUUACUAUAAAUAUAAAAGAAAGUAUCGGUUGUAAAUUUGGUCUCGAUUCAUUCGCUCAGCAACGUUUACUCAUCUUGCUAGCUACGUAAACAACGCCUGUGCUAGAGCAAUAAGUCUCCAGCAAUAGCUACAGGACAAACAUCAUACUCUCAGGAGUUCUCUUAAGCUAAUAAACUUUUGAUUAAACGGCAUCUGCAUGCUAGCAUGUGCUUAGCUUACGUUAGACUGUUGUGUGAAUAAAACCAGGAGCCAAUUACGUAGCAUGCUGGCUAAUGUUCGGGAAAGUAUAGUGGUGAUGUUAUCACGUUUGACCCGAACACAGCGAGUUUGCUUUCAGUUUAAUAGCAGAAGCGUGUCGAGCAAAUGGGAUGGGAAAAAAACCCACUAACGUUGCUGAUGUUAUUUAAAAGUAGCAUCGUGUUAGAGCAUGAUUAGACGUGUAACUGAAGCCUGUUUUUUUUUUUUUUUUUUCACCGCUCUGCUAAUUAUUUUGGAAUCCUACGUCAUGUUGGGAAAAUCAAUAAACACAGCUGGUCGUGUGUUUGCUAAGGACAGAUAGGUGUGGAAGACAUUCUCUCCACAGUCCAGGGAAACAUUUUUGUCAGUAUUUAUCAGAUCCGAGUGUAAAUAUAAUGGGAGUUGGAUAUAUUUUUGACAGCUUACAUGUGUGUGUCUAUAUUUAAAUGUCUCUCAGCUGCCUUGUAGCAUUCAGGCUUAAAAAUAAUACAAAUGCAUGUGCAGGGCGAAUUGAAGCGACUCUAGCGCUAAGUUAAGAGGAAGAAGGAAAAGAGCGUGGGGUUUUUGUGCACGCGCUAGUUUCUUGAACGCUGCAUGGUCAAAAGCUUUAACGUCCUGAACCACGUCUGCUUCAGUCGUUUGUAUUUAUGUGUGUAAAUAGAGAGGAUUUUAAUGUUUAUCGUUGCGUGUUUGUUGUUCUGUUCGGCAGCUGCUCACACAGUUGUGAUUCAUCUUCGUGAACUUUAUGUAUCGACUCAUAUGAACACGACGGUGUGGAAUCCUGUGUUUAAGGUCAUGGCAGAAAGGUCAAAGUUCAUGUUAGUAACAUUUCUAAGGUCGCUUUCACGCCUGUUAGUCCGAGCAAAAUCAGAGCGAUUUUAGGAUCCUGGGUCAGGUGAUUUGUUCAAACACACAUAAGACAAUGUGCUAAUGUGAACACAGGCUAGCUUAGCUCAGUUCAAACCGGUUUUGUUUGUACCACAAUGUGAACGCCAGCUUCAUGAGCUGGAAAAUGAUGUUGUACUGUGGCAUUAUUUUGCUGGCAAAAGUCAAAAUGCAGAUUUUUUUUUUUCUCUAUUGUCGCUCAGAUGGAAAAGCUUUUCUCGAACGUUCCACUUUCGCCAGUAAAAUAAUACCGCUCCGUAAGCGCUGAUCUGUGAUCAGGUUUAUUAUUUCGAGUUCUGUCCUCUAUUGUACAGAGGAUGAGUUUAGAACUGAUCCUGGUUCAGGGAGUAAGGCUUCACUCAUGCACACAGGGGGAAAAAGGUACUGGAUUAAAUGUACAGUGUGAGCUGCUCGUUUUAUUGUGAAAACAUUCCUUAAUUUGUCUCAGUUUCUCCUCGGAAAUAUCGUACAAAUACAUAGUUUGUGUUUUGUUUUGUUUUUGUUUUUUUUCGUCAUUGGACAGCCCUAAUAUGAUGAAACUCACUAAAUCGGAUAUACUUUGUACUGAUACUGAAAAAAUAUAUGUUCGUAAUAAAGUAUAUAUUUCAUAUCUGA